ACCUUCUCCCACCACGUCCCAGUCCCUUCUCUGACCACGGUGUCCCCGUCCCUUUCUGCCACCAUGUCCCCAUGCCCUCUGCCAUGUGUCCCCCACCCUUCUCCCACCAUGACCCCCAUCCCUUCUCGCCCCAUGGCCCCAGCUCUUCUCCCCCCCCAUCCCUCCCCUUCUCCCACCACAUCCCCAUCCCUUGUCCCACCAUGUCCCCAACGCUUCCCAAGAUCCCUUCCGCCUUCGAACUUUGAUCUUCUUCUGGGACCACCUUGGUUGACCCUUUCCCUGUCCCUGCUCCAUGUGAACCCUCUCCCAGCCGGAAAGGUCUCCUGGGGAUCUUCUCUCUCCCCAACAGACUCGGGCUCAACCAAUGAGGAGAAGAAACACCAGGAGGAUGUUCCUCAGCAAGAGGAUGAACCUGUGGAACCCCCAACCUCCAGCCAGCAGCUCUCCCCAGGGACCCAUCCUGGGGGAUCCCCGCUCCCAGGGGACAAUGGAAGGGAAGAGGCACCCAACACUUGCCGGGAAUGUGGGAAGAGCUUCCGUCAACGCUCGGCCUUGGUCAACCACCAUCGGAUCCACACGGGCGAACGCCCCUUCAGCUGCCAAGACUGUGGGCGCCGCUUCAACCGUCGCUCCAACCUCAACACCCACCGAAGGAUCCACACCGGAGAGACACCCUUCACGUGUCCGGAUUGUGGGAAGAGCUACCACGACAGCUCCAACCUCCGGCGCCAUCAGAAGACCCACACGGACGAGCGGCCGCCCUUCACGUGUCCGGAUUGUGGGAAGAGCUACCACGACAGCUCCAACCUCCGGCGCCAUCAGAAGACCCACACAGACGAGCGGCCGUAUCGGUGUGAGGAAUGUGGGAAGAGCUUCAAGAACAGGUCCACCUUGACCAUCCACCACCGCGUCCACUCGGGGGAGAAGCCCUACAAGUGCCCUGAGUGCCCCAAGAGCUUCAAGAUCAGCGCAGAGCUGAUGCGUCACGGGCGAGUCCACAGCAGCGAGAGGCCCUUCAAGUGCUCCGAGUGUCAGAAGAGCUUCAAGACCAGUCCAGAGCUGGUCCAGCACUGGAGGAGCCACACUGGCGAGAGGCCCUACCAGUGCUCCCAGUGCCACAAGAGCUUCAAGACCACCUCGGCGCUGGUGCAGCACCGGCGGACCCACGCCAGUGAGUGAUCCCAUGAUUGCUCCCAACGCCGGCAGCGAUUUGCCGACAAGACAUCAUGGAUGGGACACGAGCUGUCAAACACCAUCAUCCCUCCCCAACCCUUGGGAAGAGCUUCUCCAACCAUCCCAGGAUCAUCAAACGCCAAUAGAUGGACGCCGGUGGGAGAGAUGAACAUAGUCCUGACUGUGCACCGGCGGACCCACGCCAGAACCCCCCACCCUGGGGGCCAGUGGGGUGACAGCAUUUGGGGUUGUCCCCCCCAUAGGGUUGUCCCCACGGAGGUGACGGCCAUGGAGGACGCUGCUGCACCUCUCGUCCCGCUCCCCACGGCCUGCGCUGGGGACACUGGGAAGAGGAACGGGGACAGCGUGGUCCCAGCGGAUUUGGGGUCGAUCAAGGAGGAGGAGAAACACCAGGAGGAUGCUCCUCAGCAAGAGGAUGAACCUGUGGAACCCCCAACCUCCAGCCAGCAGCUGUCUCCAGGCUCCCAUCCGGGGGGAUCCCCGCUCUCAGGGGACAACGGGAAGGAUGAGGCACCCAACAAAUGCCAGGAAUGUGGGAAGAGCUUCAGUUGCCGCUCGGCCUUGGUCAACCACCAUCGGAUCCACACGGGAGAGCGACGCUUCAGCUGCCAGGACUGUGGGCGCCGCUUCAACCGUCCCUCUCUCCUGGCCACCCACCGCCGGACCCACAGCGGGGAGAAGCCCUACGAGUGCCCCGAUUGUGGGAAGAGCUUCCACGAGGGCUCUGCCCUCCGGCAGCACCGCAAAGCCCACACGGACGAGCGGCCGUACCGGUGUGAGGAAUGUGGGAAGGGCUUCAGGCAGAGAUCCACCUUGACCAUCCACCACCGCCUCCACUCCGGGGAGAAGCCCUACCAGUGUUCCCAGUGCCCCAAGAGCUUCAAGAGCCGCCCGGAGCUGAAGCAACAUCUCCAGAGCCACAGCGGGGAGAAGCCCUACCAGUGUUCCCAGUGUUCCAAGAGCUUCACCUACAGCUCAGGACUGGUCCAGCACUGGCGGACCCACACGGGGGAGAAGCCCUACGACUGCUCCCAGUGCGGCCGGUGCUUCCGCAACAACUCCACGCUGGUCCGGCAUCAGCAGAGACACAUCGUAACCCCCCACCCUGGGGGCCAGUGGGGUGACAGCAUUUGGGGUUGUCCCCCCCAUAGGGUUGUCCCCACGGAGGUGACGGCCAUGGAGGACGCUGCUGCACCUCUCGUCCCGCUCCCCACGGCCUGCGCUGGGGACACUGGGAAGAGGAACGGGGACAGCGUGGUCCCAGCGGAUUUGGGGUCGAUCAAGGAGGAGGAGAAACACCAGGAGGAUGCUCCUCAGCAAGAGGAUGAACCUGUGGAACCCCCAACCUCCAGCCAGCAGCUGUCUCCAGGCUCCCAUCCGGGGGGAUCCCCGCUCUCAGGGGACAACGGGAAGGAUGAGGCACCCAACAAAUGCCAGGAAUGUGGGAAGAGCUUCAGUUGCCGCUCGGCCUUGGUCAACCACCAUCGGAUCCACACGGGAGAGCGACACUUCAGCUGCCAGGACUGUGGGCGCCGCUUCAACCGUCCCUCCCUCCUGGCCACCCACCGCCGGACCCACAGCGGGGAGAAGCCCUACGAGUGCCCCGAUUGUGGGAAGAGCUUCCACGAGGGCUCUGCCCUCCGGCAGCACCGCAAAGCCCACACGGACGAGCGGCCGUUCCGGUGUGAGGAAUGUGGGAAGGGCUUCAGGCAGAGAUCCACCCUGACCAUCCACCACCGCCUCCACUCCGGGGAGAAGCCCUACCAGUGUUCCCAGUGCCCCAAGAGCUUCAAGAGCCGCCCGGAGCUGAAGCAACAUCUCCAGAGCCACAGCGGGGAGAAGCCCUACCAGUGUUCCCAGUGUUCCAAGAGCUUCACCUACAGCUCAGGACUGGUCCAGCACUGGCGGACCCACACGGGGGAGAAGCCCUACGACUGCUCCCAGUGCGGCCGGUGCUUCCGCAACAACUCCACGCUGGUCCGGCAUCAGCAGAGACACAUCGUCCUUGGUCAACCACCAUCGGAUCCACACGGGCGAACGCCCGGGUGCCACUGGGGUGACAGCGUUUGGGGUUGUCCCCCCCAUAGGGUUGUCCCCACGGAGGUGACGGCCAUGGAGGACGCUGCUGCACCUCUCGUCCCGCUCCCCACGGCCUGCGCUGGGGACACCGGGAAGAGGAACGGGGACAGCGUGGUCCCAGCGGCCGGAGAUUGCUCCUGGAGAUGUUCCCUCUCCCCAACAGAUUUGGGAUCAAUCAAGGAGGAGGAGAAACACCAGGAGGAUGUUCCUCACCAGGAGGAUGAACCCAUGGAACCCCCAACCUCCAGCCAGCAGCUGUCUCCAAGGACCCAUCCCGGGGAAUCCCCCCUCCCAGGGGACAAUGGAAGGGAAGAGGCACCCAACACCUGCCAGGAAUGUGGGAAGAGCUUCAGUUGCCGCUCAGCCUUGGUCAACCACCAUCGGAUCCACACGGGCGAACGCCCCUUCAGCUGCCAGGACUGCGGGCGCCGCUUCAACCGUCGCUUCAACCUCAACACCCACCGAAGGAUCCACACUGGAGAGACGCCAUUCGAGUGCCCCGACUGUGGGAAGAGCUACCACGACAGCUCCACGCUCCGGCAGCAUCGCAAGACCCACACGGACGAGCGGCCAUACCGGUGUGAGGAAUGUGGGAAGAGCUUCAGGCACAGGUCCACCUUGACCAUCCACCACCGCAUCCACUCAGGAGAAAAGCCCUACAAGUGCCCCGAGUGCCACAAAAGCUUUACCAACAGCUCGGGGGUGGUGAGGCACUGGCGGACCCACACCGGGGAGAAGCCCUACAAGUGUCCCCAGUGUCACAAGAGCUUCACCAGCAACUUGGGGCUGGUGGGGCACAGGAGGGUCCACAGCACCGAGAGGCCCUACCAGUGCUCCCAGUGUCACAAGAGCUUCAAGAGCAACCCCGAGCUGGUGCGGCACUGGAGGACCCACACCAGACCGUGACCCGAUGGUUCUCCCAACGUAGGUCAACGCUUCCUCAACAUCUCCACACCAUCCAAAGAUGGGGACAACCCCACUGGGGACCAGCCCCAUCCUGAUGGUAUCUCAGAUGCAUCCUGGUGGUCCCUGGUGGUCGCACCAAGGGGCAGCCAACCCAUCUACAGACAUCCCAACAGCUCUUAUUUUUCUUUCCCUACAUGUUUUUAUAUAUAAAGGUUGGGUUUUUUGGGGUG